AUGUCGACAGGAGCGCCGCGCCGCUUAGGCGUGCGUCAUCACAAGCUACGUGCUCCUCGGAAGCAUGGACUCAGUGUAUCCGUGGAAGAGAUGUGGUCGCGUCUGUCUGCUGCAAUUGCCCAAAUCCAGCAUCAUAAUAUAUCAAAAUUGAGCUAUGAAGAACAUUACCGUUACGCUUACAAUCUGAUCCUGAACCAACAAGGGGACAUGCUGUAUCAAGGUGUUCAGCUUCAAAUUCAGGACCACCUUGUUAACCAGAGUGAUAUGCGACUGACUCCUGUGUUUUCUCUGUCCAUUGAGGAGGCACAGGCCGCGUCCCAAGCCAUGUCGGGCAGUGACAAGGGCAAACUGCGCGAUAAUACAGCGCGCCUGCUUGGACUUCUUCCAGGAAAUGCUGAAGCAUUGUUUCCCACGAUUCCUGCGGGCGAACGAUUCCUUAGCGCGGUAACAGCGAUGUGGGAUGACCAUUGCUCAUGUAUGAGUAAGAUUCGUGAUGUGCUCAAGUACGUUGAUCGGGUGUACGUCCCUAAUCACCGCCGCGAGCCUAUAUGGGACCUUGGACUCGAUCUAUUUCGCGACACGGUCGUGCGUUCCACACGUGUGCCGUGCCGUACAAAUUUGUUGGUGGCCAUGCUUCGCCAGGUGUAUUGUGAACGCGAAGGGGCUACGGUCGAACGCCGCACCAUUAAGGCUGUGACAGAUAUGCUCUUGUCUUUAUUACAUGACGCAAAGCAAAGUGUGUAUACACACGACUUUGAGCCUAUUUUCUUAUCCACUACGUCCGAGUACUAUGCCACUGAGGCCACGCGUCUACUCGAGUCUCAGCGAGCGACGUACUAUUUACAAUCAGCAGAGCGUCGAUUUGCAGAAGAACAGGCACGGGUAGACGCAUGCUUAAGCCCCAACACGCUCGCUCCACUCAAGGAGAUCGUCGAGCGUCGCUUGCUGACAGAGCAUUUGGACGAAAUCUUGGCGAUGCCUGACGGAGGGCUGGUCGUGCUGCUCGAUACAGAUGCUCGUGCAGAUAUGGAGCGCAUGUAUCGUCUCUUUCGUCUAGUUCCCACAGGUCUGGAUGCCCUCAACAAGGUGCUACGUGCAUACGUAACGGACCGCGGUAAGAUCAUCAAUGAGACCACACUGUGUGAGUCCAAAAACACACAAACGCCGAGUGCAGAGAUGGCCUUGUCAUGGUUGAAUCAGGUCCUCGAUACGAAGAGUCGGCUUGAUGGGGUGCUUGCCACGAGUUUCCAAGGCGACAAGAGCUGUGAGGCUGCUAUCAAUGAAGCGAUGGAUACAUUUAUCAACCUGAAUACGCGUGCUCCUGAAUUUAUAUCAUUGUAUAUUGAUGAGCAUCUCCGCAAAGGCACGCGCUUCGCUGAUGAUACCACGGCGCUAGAGCCGGUACUGGACAAAACCAUCACGAUAUUCCGUUACGUGCACGAGAAGGAUGUCUUUGAGCGUUACUACAAGAUGCACCUGACGCGGCGUCUCUUGCACAAUAGGAGCGCGUCGGACGACGCCGAACGCAGUAUGAUUGCCAAGCUAAAGGUCGAAUGCGGCCAUGGAUAUGUCCAGAAGCUGCAGGGCAUGCUCAAUGAUAUGAAGCUCAGCGAAGAAGUGCUCCGCGCCUUUCACCAUACCCUCGAACGCGAAGGCACUUCGCUGCCCCUACAGCUGAAUGUGAAUGUGCUUACCGCGACGUACUGGCCGAUCGCGUCACCCAAAGAACCCAGCAUCUUUCCGACUGCGCUUACCGAAGCGUGCAACGCUUUUGAAAAAUUUUAUGACACACGCCACCGUGGUCGUGUACUGACGUGGCAGCCGUCGCUUGGUACCGCUGAUGUGCGCGUCCAGUUCAAGUCACGUACGCAUGAACUCGUUGUAUCGACAUAUGCUCUUAUGGUUUUACUCCUCUUCGAGCAUGCGGAUGUCCUCACCUACGGCCACAUUCGUGAUGCGACUCGCAUGCCCGAUGCAGAUUUGCAACGCACACUGCAAAGUCUGGCAUGUGCCAAAUACAAGAUCUUGCGAAAAGAACCCAAGGGACGUGAUGUCUCCGAAAAUGAUUCGUUUGUAUUUAACGCUGACUUCACAUGUCCUCUUGCGCGCGUAAAAAUUGCGCAAAUCGCAGCGAAAAUCGAGACGCCACAGGAGCGCCAAGAAACCAAUGUCAAGAUUGAAGAGGAACGUAAAAACCAGGUCGAAGCAUGUAUUGUGCGGAUUAUGAAGAGCCGGAAAACCCUCGCUCACAACGAACUUGUCAACGAGGUAGUGCAGCAGCUUAUGCAACGGUUUCAACCCUCGCCAGCCCUGAUCAAGAAGCGCAUCGAAUCUCUCCUGGAUCGAGAAUAUCUUGAGCGAACCGGCACACGACAUGUAUAUCAGUAUGUAGCCUAG